GUUGGGAUGGGAAGAAGCCGAAGAGAUUGAUUUGUUUGUCUAUGUUGAGUGAGGAAGGGAAACCUUUCCUUGCCAUGGUAUGGUUUGUGUUGAAUCAGUGGAAUGCUGUGUCAUGUGUGAGUUAAAUUGUUGUGUAUUGCCGUCUGUUCGUCUUAGGGGCGAAUUGUAGAUACGCUGGUUCGCCUGGUUCAGAGAUUUGGAGUUGGAGGUCCAUUUUUGUAGCUCAGAAUGGGGAUGGACGACAACGGAGGCCUCGAAAACAUCAAGAACGAAUCCGUUGAUCUUGAGCGGAUACCUAUAGAGGAAGUAUUCGAGCAGCUAAGAUGUACGAAGGAAGGUUUAUCCGGAGCCGAAGGAGAGAAUCGUCUCAAGAUCUUUGGAUUAAACAAAUUGGAAGAGAAGAAGGAGAGCAAGAUUCUGAAGUUCCUUGGUUUUAUGUGGAACCCUCUGUCAUGGGUUAUGGAGAUGGCUGCAAUAAUGGCAAUUGCGUUGGCCAAUGGAUCUGGGAAGCCUCCAGAUUGGCAAGAUUUCGUUGGAAUCAUUGUGUUGCUGGUAAUUAACUCCACCAUCAGUUUUAUUGAAGAAAACAAUGCUGGUAACGCAGCAGCAGCUCUGAUGGCAGGUCUUGCGCCAAAAACUAAGGUUCUUCGUGAUGGCAGAUGGCAAGAAGAAGAUGCCUCAAUUCUUGUUCCAGGUGACAUAAUCAGUAUUAAACUGGGAGAUAUUGUUCCUGCUGAUGCUCGUCUCCUGGAGGGUGAUCCUUUAAAGAUUGACCAAUCUGCCCUGACUGGUGAAUCUCUUCCUGUCACAAAGAAUCCGGGAGAUGAAGUAUUUUCAGGGUCUACAUGUAAACAAGGAGAAAUCGAGGCCGUGGUCAUUGCCACUGGAGUCCACACUUUCUUUGGGAAGGCUGCUCAUUUAGUCGACUCCACCAACAAUGUUGGCCAUUUCCAGAAGGUUCUUACAGCAAUUGGAAACUUCUGUAUUUGUUCGAUUGCAAUUGGAAUCGUUGUGGAGAUAAUUGUCAUGUAUCCCAUUCAACAUAGGAAAUAUAGAGAUGGGAUUAACAACCUUCUGGUUCUCUUGAUUGGUGGUAUUCCUAUUGCCAUGCCCACCGUUCUUUCUGUGACAAUGGCUAUUGGAUCACACCGCCUUUCUCAGCAGGGUGCUAUUACAAAAAGAAUGACUGCUAUUGAAGAAAUGGCUGGAAUGGAUGUUCUAUGCAGUGAUAAGACUGGAACCCUUACACUCAACAAGCUGUCAGUUGAUAAAAAUCUUAUUGAGGUAUUCGCAAAAGGUGUCGACAAGGAAACAGUAUUACUACUUGCAGCUAGAGCUUCAAGAGUUGAAAAUCAAGAUGCAAUUGAUGGUGCUAUUGUUGGAACUUUGGCAGAUCCGAAAGAGGCAAGAGCAGGCGUUACUGAAGUUCAUUUUCUACCAUUUAAUCCUGUUGACAAACGUACAGCACUUACCUAUGUUGAUUCUAAUGGAAACUGGCACCGAGCUAGCAAAGGAGCACCAGAGCAGAUUAUUGACCUCUGCAAAUGCACUCAAGAUAUGAGAAAUAAGGUGCAUUCAGUAAUUGAUAAAUUUGCUGAACGUGGACUUCGAUCUCUUGCUGUAGCUAGACAGGAAGUACCUGAAAAGGCAAAAGAAAGCGCUGGAGGUCCAUGGCAAUUCGUUGGUUUGCUGUCUCUGUUUGACCCUCCUCGCCAUGAUAGUGCUGAAACAAUUCGCCGAGCGCUUAACCUUGGUGUCAAUGUGAAGAUGAUCACAGGGGAUCAGCUUGCUAUUGCCAAAGAGACAGGGCGAAGGCUUGGAAUGGGUGUAAAUAUGUACCCAUCAUCUACUUUGCUUGGUGGAUCUAAAGAUGAAUCUAUUGCGGCUCUCCCUGUUGAUGAACUGAUCGAGAAAGCUGAUGGGUUUGCAGGGGUAUUUCCAGAACAUAAAUAUGAGAUAGUGAAGCGUCUUCAGGAGAUGAAGCACAUCUGUGGCAUGACUGGAGAUGGUGUUAAUGAUGCCCCAGCCUUGAAAAAGGCCGACAUUGGAAUUGCUGUGGCGGAUGCAACUGAUGCUGCCAGAGGUGCAUCUGAUAUUGUUCUUACUGAGCCGGGGCUUAGUGUCAUCAUUAGUGCUGUCUUAACAAGUCGAGCCAUCUUUCAGAGAAUGAAGAAUUAUACGAUAUAUGCAGUCUCCAUCACUAUUCGUAUUGUGUUGGGAUUCAUGCUUAUUGCUCUGAUAUGGAAAUUUGACUUUUCUCCAUUCAUGGUUCUGAUCAUAGCUAUUUUGAAUGAUGGUACAAUUAUGACUAUUUCUAAGGAUCGUGUCAAGCCUUCUCCCAUGCCCGACAGCUGGAAAUUGAAGGAAAUUUUCGCAACAGGUGUUGUUUUGGGUACAUAUCUUGCAAUAAUGACUGUGAUAUUUUUCUGGGCAAUGCACGAGACUGAUUUUUUCUCGGACAAAUUUGGCGUCCGGUCAAUUAGGGGCAAACGAAAUGAAGAAAUGGCUGCAUUAUACUUACAAGUCAGCAUUGUGAGCCAGGCUCUUAUUUUUGUUACACGAUCGCGGAGCUGGUCAUUUGUAGAGCGACCUGGGCUUAUGCUUAUGAGUGCUUUUGUAAUCGCUCAGCUGGUUGCAACAUUCAUUGCAGUCUAUGCCAACUGGGGCUUUGCAGAUAUCAAGGGCUGUGGUUGGGGCUGGGCAGGAGUUAUUUGGCUCUACAGUCUGGUGUUUUAUGUGCCUCUGGACCUAUUGAAGUUUGCCAUUCGCUACAUUUUGAGUGGCAGGGCAUGGGAUAAUCUACUCGAGAACAGGACUGCAUUUACCACCAAGAAAGACUAUGGAAAAGAGGAGCGUGAAGCACAAUGGGCACAUGCUCAACGCACAUUACAUGGUCUGCAUCCACCUGAAAAUAAUUUGUUCGCAGAGAAGUCGAGCUACAGAGAGUUAUCUGAAAUUGCUGAACAAGCAAAGAGACGUGCUGAAGUUGCGAGGCUCAGGGAACUGCACACAUUGAAGGGACACGUGGAGUCUGUUGUGAAACUCAAGGGUCUAGAUAUUGAAACAAUUCAACAGGCUUACACUGUGUAACACAGUGCAUUUAAGAGUUUUUUCUUUUACUAUUCUGUAGCUUGGAAAGAAAUGGAGUAUGUAAUGCAUUUGCCCAAGACAUGUGCAACCAUGGCACAUGCAACAGCUCAACUAUGUGACUCCUAUGAGACUACUAAUUUUUUGUAGAUUGAAUCAACUAAUUUUCAUCUUUUUCA